CCUUCCCCCCGACCCCCCCCCCAUAAGCGUAAACAGGAAGUGACGUGCUAGAGUGGGCGGUCCUUCCUUUUACUGCUUCCACCUGGCCUCGGUAACUGCGGCUCGUGUGUCAGAGGCCGUAAAGCACCGCCAGCGGCAGCCUCCCCUGCCAGCCACAGCACAGCACCGAGCAGGGAACACACAGCACCGAGAACAACAGCCGCAGCCAUGGUGAGGGCUCCGUGUAUCCAGCCAUGCCCGGACACGCUGGCUCAAUGCAUGGCAUGGCAUGGGGGGGAGGGUCACUGGACUAAAUGGAGCCCAGCCCAUUGACUUCUUUAGUUAAAGGGACACUAUAGUCAGCUCAAUGGAGUGGUCUGGGUGCCCGGUCCCUCAGGUUUUAACCCUUCAGAUGUAAACAUAGCAGCUUCAGAGAUACUGUUAUGUUUACAUAGCAGGGUUAAUCCAGCCUCUAGUGGCUAUCUUCCUGACAGCCGCUAGAGACGCAUCUGCGACGCUCGAUGCGAAAUUCGCAUCCAGCGUGCAGAACGCCCAUAGGAAAGCACUGAGAAAUGCUUUCCUAUGAACUGUUUGAAUGCGCACGGCACUUGCUUCGCAUUCAGAUCCAGUGACGUCGGACGGGGAGGAGAGGUCACCAGCGCAGAAUGAGCCCUGCACUGGAUUAAGGCAAGCUGCUGAAGGGGGACCCUGAAGGUGGGGGCACCCUCAGGGCAGUAUAGUAUCAGGAAAACCGCUUUGUUUUCCUGACACUAUAGUGACCCUUUAAUCUGCUUUAGUUUUUAUUAUGGUAACUUUACAUAAACUAACUGGAAGUAUGGAAGUUAGAAUGUCUCCUGGGGUGCUGUAUGUGCGGAUCUAAUCCUUAAACUGGCACAGAUAUAGGAAGACCAUCCCAAAUUCAGGGUCUUGUCUAGUUCCCCCGGUGUCAUGCAUGUGGGGACUCAAGUCCUAUGUCUUCAAUCAUCGCGAAGGCAUCGUUGGGUGUAGUGGGUAUGACGCUUUCAGCUUAUCACGGGCCAACAAGGCAAGCCUUCCUGCAGUCAGUGGAUAAAGGAAGGAACAGAGGAGACAGAGCUGGUCUAUAAGCCAGUUUUCCGGUUAAAGGACCACUAUAGACACCCAGAUCACUUCAGCUCAAAGUUUUAACCUUGUUGCUGAAAACAUGGUCGUUUCAGAGAAACGGCCAUGUUUCACUGAGGGUUAAUCCAGCCUCUAGUGGCUGUCUUCCGCGAUUCUCAUCCGCUAGACAUCCAUAGGAAAGCAUUCUGACGUCGGCAGAGGGAGGAGAGUUCCCCAGCGACGAAGGAGCCCAGCGCUGGAGAAAGGUAAGUGGCUAAAGGGGUUUUAACUCCUUCAGCCCAAGUGGAUGGGGGCCCUGAGAGUGGGGGGACAUAAUGACACUAUAGUGCCAGGAAAACAAGUUUGUUUUCCUGGCACUAUAUAGUGGUCCUUUAAAGGGACACUAUAGGCAUCCAGACCACUUCAUCUCCUUAAAAUGAUAAAUGUUUACAUUGCAGUAUUAAGACUACCUCUAGUAGUCUAUCACUCAACCAUUCAAAAUCAGUUUAACCCCUGAAGGUAAGUGACCACAGGCAAUGCUGCCCUUAUAUUUUCACUGAGAUGAGUGUUUGGGGAAGUGUUCCUUUAAAGGAACGUAACCUAUAGGUGCCUCCACCACCAAUGCUGUGAGGGUUUACUUACCUUUGCUCUCUUGCCACAGUGCUGGCAUAGUGUUUUUUGUUUUUUUUUCACAACACAUAGUUGUAGGUGUUGAAUAAACCGUUUUUAUUUCCCAAAUGCUUGUGUAUUAAUUGCAUUUCUUUCUUUGUCACACAGCCUCAGAACGACUAUAUUGAAUUACAUCGGAAGCGUUAUGGAUAUCGCUUGGAUUACCAUGAAAGAAAGAGAAAGAAGGAAAGCCGAGAGGCUCAUGAACGCUCACAUAAAGCAAAGAAGAUGAUCGGUCUGAAGGCUAAGCUCUACCACAAACAGCGUCAUGCCGAGAAGAUACAAAUGAAGAAAACGUAAGUAAUGUUUUUUUUUAAUCUAUUUUUUUUUUUUUUUCCUAGGGGAUGCAUUUUAUAAUUCAAACCAUUACAUUUUAAAAAAAAUGUAUUUUUAUUUUUUUAUAACUAUAUUGCAUGCAUUUAAUGUAUACCCGCGAUAGGUUAAUUAAUGUUUGUAACCAUUUGUUUCCCCAUUGUAAUGCUCAGCCUUUUAUACUGAUUUCAGGACAUUGUGUGCCAAAUCUGUUGAGUUAUAGUUGUAUCAAACAAUUUAAUUAAAACAUUCAAGUCUCAACAAAAGGUGAGAUUCACUAUAUUGGCACAGCUGGGUCAGAUUUUAAGCUCUUAUCUACUAGCCACGCCUAAACUUUCUUUUCAUCACAUGUAUAUCUUUAAUUUUUGAUACAGUGUGUUGGUAUUGAGCGAGUGAGCAACCCUUACUGUCAGUUGGGCAGUUUAGUUCUCAAACCCUCAUGUUUAGCUAUACUGGUAAG